UUCGUUUUGUUUUGGGGGCAGCGAAGGCCUCUGAGAAAUGGCAGGGGCAGGCUCCCAGAGCGAGAGCCAGAGCGAGAGCGCCACGGGGUAUCAGAGCUCGGGAAUGCUGUCGAGGGACCAAUUGCUGCAUCUCUUCCGUCGUUUCUCUUUCCUCACCUCUCAACCUGAGGUGAAGAAACGGAUUGCAGACGCUGUGGAUGACAAACAGGAACCAGUUGCUGUAACCACAGCAAUCCAGGAAGAGAUCUUUUUGGAGAUGGGUGUUGAUCCGAGAUUUGGUCUAGCUUGCUUGGGAAAGGUGAAUCUGGCUUAUGAGAAUGAUAGGGAUUUGAUGAUUCGUUUUUAUAAAUUUGUUGUGGCAGAAGAGAUGGCUUGUGAGGAAGCUGAGCUUGGACCAGAAAAAUAUGAUGAAAAAAUGCAAAUGCAGCAUAAAUUACAAGAACAGCAACUGGAGAUGCUAAAGCACAUGCGCAAGUUUCACAUGGAUGACCAGUCUGCCAUCCUUGAAAAGUUGCACGAGCGCAUGGAAGAAACCGACUUUGACAUUGAGGCAUCAAUCUUAUCAGUAGAAGAGAUACAGGAUAUAGUUGGAAGGAGGAGAACGACAGUAUAUAGGUGAAGGUAGUUUGGUUCUAUUUUUCACAUUCCCCUUUCUAUUCUCCUAAUUUCGCGCGUCUGUUGUUGUAGUACAGUUCUAUGUCCUUUUGGAAACCUUAACUGGGUUAGUUGAAAGAACAUAAGAUUGAGAUGAAUGUUUGUCCAUUAUCACAUUGUUUGUAUUGAGGGGUCUGGACAGAAAGACAUUUUACCACAUUAUAGCUUCUUGUUUUUCGUUU